GGCACCGGGCACCGGCCGGGCCUGAGGCGGGCACCGGGCACCGGCCGGGCCGCGCCGAUGUCCCCGGGGAGCCGCCGGCGGCCGCUGUUCGCAGGGCUGGCAGCGGUACAAGAACUGCCGGGAGCUGACCCCAACCUCCUUGCUCAUGCUGUGGGCUGCACGCCCAAAGUGGGUUUUCUGCAUUGAAGCAGUCCUGGGGCAAAAAUUGUGUCCUAAGGCGAUGGAAAACUACGUGGCAUCGAUGGUGCUGAGCGCAGUUGGUGACACGCUAGGCUACUACAACGGGCAAUGGGAGUUCCUGCAGAGCGGCCCAGCCAUCCACAGGGAGCUGGCAGAGAUGGGGGGACUUGGCAACUUCAGCAUCCAAGGUUGGAAAGUCAGUGAUGAUACAGUGAUGCACUUGGCCACGGCUGAAGCCCUGGUAGCUGCCGGGAAGAACCCAAGUUUAGCACAUCUCUAUUCCCUGAUUGCAAAGAACUACAAGGAGUGCAUGAAUGACAUGAAGGGCAGAGCUCCAGGUGCCACGUGUCAGGAGAACGCGCUGAAGCUGGAUGGGGGGCGGCCGGACGGCUGGAGGAUCCCGUUCAGCCCCCGGGCGGGAGGCUGCGGGGCCGCCAUGCGCUCCAUGUGCAUCGGGCUGCGUUUCUGCCGCCCCGCUGAGCUGGACACCCUGGUGCGAGUCAGCAUCGAGAGCGGCCGGAUGACCCACCACCACCCCACCGGCUACCUGGGGUCCCUGGCUUCGGCCCUCUUCACGGCUUUCGCUGUGAACGGCGUGCCCCCCCCGGCCUGGGGGAAGGGGCUGCUGGAGGUGCUGCCACGGGCGAAGGCCUACGUGCGGGACGCCGGCUUCUUCGUGGAGGAGAACAUGGGGCAAUGGCAUUACUUUGAAGAGCAAUGGGAAAAAUACCUGGUGGAGAGAGGCCUGUCGGAUGGGGUCUCGCCCCCCACCUUCCCCCCCAAGUACGGCGUGGAGGAGAGAGACUCGUUCUACACCUCCCUCAGCUACGACGGCUGGGGGGGCAGCAGCGGGCACGACGCCCCCAUGAUCGCUUACGACGCGCUGCUGGGCGCGGGGGACUCCUGGGCAGAGCUGGCUCACCGCGCGUUCUUCCACGGGGGCGACAGCGACUCCACCGCCGCCAUCGCGGCCUGCUGGUGGGGGGCCCUGCAUGGCUUCCGGGGGGUCCACGCCUCCCUCUACGCCCACCUGGAGUACAGGGACCGCCUGGAGCAGGUGGCCAAGGGCUUGUACAACAUGGCCUAGGCGGGGCGGGGGGUGGCAGGGCCCCCCCAGGGGCGCACUGACCCUCUUCCCCCCCCCCCCCCCCCCCCCCCCUCAAUGUUUUGCACGAACUCUGUUUGCGAACCCGCCGGAUUGAAGCGCGCGAGAGCCAGGCCUGCUUUUUCUGUUUGUCUGUGUCGGCUUCGGUGGGCGGGCCAUUUUGGAGCGAGCAGCUUGGGGCUUGUGGGCGUAGGGAAGCAGCGGCGAGGGGGUUUGAUGGAAGCACGCAACGGUGCCUCGAGCAGCCAAGCCCCGAGACAUCCCUCCUCCGCUGCGCCGCGGCGGCCGCGCGUCGUGCCGUCCUCAGGGGGAGCGGGAGCCACGCUCCAGCAGCAGGGCGGGCAGCAGAACCCACUCAGGCCGCCCCAAACCAGGGUCCUGCCCGUAGGAGCACGCCAGAGGGGGCCAGGGGUGCGCACCCAGAGGCGCCCCCCUGGCAAACCCGCGGUGGCUAGCCCACACUCGCUGCCUGGUACUGUCAAGGGGCAGUGCUGGGGACACCACUUGCCGUCUAGCACUGAGCAGCUGUGGAGCUGAAACCUCCGCUCCUUAGCACAGAGACUGUAGCCCAGGAGAGCCUACUGGGGGCAGCGGGCAAACUGCCAGUUGUGUCUGGGGACAACAGUUUUCUCACACAAUUAUUUCAGCGGAGGGUAUUUUUUUGUUUUAAAUGAUUUUUGGGGAAAAAAAAACAACAACAAACCCAACCUUAACAGCUGUGUUAGCAGUGCAUUUUGCACAAUUUCACAGCGCUUUUGCUAUACAGGUAAGAAGGUAUCCCACUACUUCCCUAUUUCAAUUUAUGUGGGAGUUCAAGACUACUGACCAAACCCUUACUAAAGGUAAAAAUGCGAGUAAUGAGCUUAACAGGCUGCAUUUUACAUCAACUUAAGCAACUUCUGUAGUGAAUUAUAUUAUUCUGCUUACAUCAAGGUUACUAAAGGAUAUUUGCUUAACAUUUGUUAUCGAUAAUUCUAUAAAAUGUGGUUUUUCUUCAAACCCAGACUAUGGAACAGCAAAGUACUUAAUACUGUCAGAGCAAUUUCAAAAAUGGUGUAUCCCAUUCAAUAAAGAGCCCUGACACA